GGAACUAGGCAGCGCACCGCUCCGUGCUCCGGGGGACACAGCAGCUGAGGGACCUGAUUUCCGGCCGUGGUGUCGGUGGUUCCGUGCUGUAAGCUAUGGCGCCCACCAUCCAGACGCAGGCCCAGCGGGAGGAGGGGCACCGGUCCAAUUCCCACCGGACGGUUCCAGAACGAUCUGGCGUUGUAUGUCGAGUGAAAUAUUGCAACAGUCUCCCAGAUAUCCCGUUUGAUCCCAAGUUCAUCACCUAUCCUUUUGACCAAAACAGAUUUGUACAGUACAAAGCCACUUCUCUUGAAAAGCAGCACAAACAUGAUCUUCUCACCGAGCCAGACCUGGGGGUCACCAUUGACCUGAUCAACCCUGAUACCUAUCGCAUCGACACAAAUGUUCUCCUGGAUCCAGCUGAUGAGAAACUUCUCGAGGAAGAAAUUCAAGCUCCCAGCAGCUCCAAGAGGUCUCAGCAACACGCCAGAGUGGUUCCUUGGAUGAGGAAAACUGAGUAUAUCUCCACAGAGUUCAACAGAUAUGGUGUCUCCAAUGAGAAGCCUGAAGUCAAGAUCGGAGUGUCUGUCAAGCAGCAGUUCACCGAGGAAGACAUCUACAAGGACAGAGACAGCCAGAUCGCUGCUAUUGAGAAGACAUUUGAAGAUGCACAGAAACCAAUUACGCAGCAUUACAGCAAGCCACGUGUUACCCCAGUGGAGGUCAUGCCAGCCUUCCCUGACUUUAAGAUGUGGAUUAAUCCCUGCGCUCAGGUCAUCUUUGAUUCUGAUCCUGCGCCUAAGGAGGCAACUGGCUCGGCAGCGCUGGAUAUGAUGUCACAAGCCAUGAUCAGAGGUAUGAUGGAUGAGGAAGGAAACCAGUUUGUGGCAUACUUUCUGCCUGGCGAAGACACCAUGCGGAAACGUAAGCGAGAUCAGGACGAGGGCCUGGACUACAUGGCCGAGGACAUAUAUGACUAUAAGAUCGCCAGAGAGUACAACUGGAACGUUAAAAACAAGGCCAGCAAGGGUUACGAAGAGAACUACUUCUUUAUCUUCCGAGAGGGUGACGGCGUUUACUACAAUGAGCUGGAGACAAGAGUGCGUCUCAGCAAGAGGAGGGUGAAGGCCGGCGUGCAGUCUGGAACCAACGCCGUCCUGGUGGUGAAACACAGAGAUAUGAAUGAGAAGGAGCUGGAGGCUCAGGAAGCGCGCAGAGCUCAACUGGAGAAUCAUGAGCCUGAGGAGGAAGAAGAGGAGAUGGAAGUGGAUCGUGAGAUUCAGCUAUCAGAUGCUGAAGACGGAGAGAAGGGCAGUGAGAGUGAGAAGGAAGGGAGCGGCGGCGAGCCCUCCGGCAGUGAGAGCGAACGGGAGGAGGUACAGGAGGAGAAAGACGAGGAUGAGAAGGAAAGCAGUGAGGACGACAGGGCGGCCCGAGACAAGGAGGAGAUCUUUGGUAGUGAUGACGACGAUGACGACAGCGAUGAGGAUGGGCAAAAUGAGAGUGGUGCUGAGCAAGAAGACAGCGGCAGUGAGGAGGAAGAGAAAAGCAGGGGGCGCAGGAGCCGCAGCGCCAGCAGCAGUCCUUUCGGUAGCGACCAUUCACAGCAGGACAAUGAAGAGCAGAGCGCAAGCGAGCAAGGUUCUGCAUCUAGCGACGGUAGUGACAGUGACUGAUCUCCCAGCUCAUAAGCAGAGUUUUGUAUAUAGUUCUUGUAUUAUAAUUUUACUUAAAUAAACACGUUUCAGUUAC